UUUCUUUGUUUUUUCCAUGAGGGUCAGAUUUAAUUUAUAUUUUUAUUUAUGGGUUUUGAAUUUCCAGUGUGUCCCAAGUUGGAGACUUUAGUGUUUUUACAGCUUCAAGUUUUAAUCUUUUGGCGUUUCUAAUUAUUGGGUUUGAAAAUUUUGACAAAAAUGCAAGAGACUUGAGAAACCUGUCUGCUCAAUAAUGGGUUUCUGACGAUUUGUUCAAGGCAGAACAGUGUAGUGUGAUUUGGGUAUGUCAAAGUUUUUACCUUUUCCACAUUUGGCUAGGCACCCCAUUUUGGGUCUGUGGAGCUGGAUUGAUUCUCUCCAAAACUGUGUCGUUUUUGGGCACUGUCAGUUGUUGGGUUCAGUGUAGCAGUGGCUUCUUCUUCUUCUUCUACUUCCUUCUUUUUCUGGGUCUUGCCUCUGUCGGUUUCCGGAGUUGGAAUCUGAGUUGGAUCCGGGUCUAUUCUCCACUGGCAUUUCAAAUUCUUUCUGGGAAACGAAAGCGGAAGCUUGAUGCUACACGGUUUAGUAUAGAUUGAUUAUCCAGAAAUGUCGAGGAUCACUAAGUGGAAGCUUGAGAAGACAAAAGUGAAGGUGGUUUUCAGGCUACAAUUCAACGCUACACAUAUUCCCCAAAGUGGAUGGGAUAAGUUGUUUAUAUCUUUCAUACCUGCUGAUUCUGGAAAGGCAACUGCAAAGACAACCAAAGCAAAUGUGAGGAAUGGAACAUGCAAAUGGGCAGAUCCUAUCUACGAAACUACAAGACUUCUACAAGACACUAAAACAAAGAAAUUUGAUGAGAAGCUCUAUAAACUUGUGGUGACCAUGGGCUCUUCACGGUCUAGUGUCCUUGGGGAGACCAAUAUCAACCUUGCUGAUUAUGCCGACGCGUCAAAGCCUUCUGCUGUUGCCCUGCCUCUACAUGGAUGUGAUUCUGGAACUAUUUUACAUGUAACUGUACAGCUAUUAACUUCCAAAACUGGUUUCAGAGAGUUUGAACAGCAGAGGGAGCUCAGAGAGAGCGGUCUAUGUACAACGUCAGACCAAAGCAGAAAUGAUGUGUCCACUGCUAAAAGAAUAUCAUCUUCCGAAGAUACAAUCAAUGCGAGAGUUAGGUUCAAAGAAGAACUCUCUCCCCUUGAAGACGGGGUUGGGCAGAAUGAAGAGUUUCCAGACUCAACUGUAGGGUUUGAUGGUUCUUCCAAUACUUCAGAAAGUUUAUAUGCUGAGAAACAUGAUACCUCCAGCACCCAUGAGAUUGACAGCCUUAAGAGUACAACCUCUGGUGAUUUAGGUGGACUGUCCCUUGGUCAAAGUCCUCGAAAGGAGAAAGGAGACCACUCUGAUCAACGUUUCUUGGCACAGGGGACCAGUGAGUGGGCUCAUAGUUGGGCUUCUGACUAUUCUGGAGAUGCCGACUUGCCAAAUGCUUAUGAGGAGAAUAGUAGACUUAGAGGAAGCUUGGAAGCAGCUGAGUCAUCCAUUCUUGAGCUUAAGCAGGAAGUAAGCUCUUUACAGAGCCAAGCUGAUGAAAUAGGAGUUGAAGCCCAAAAAUUUUCCCUUCAACUUGAUGCAGAAAUUUGUUCAAGCGAACAGUUAGCCAAAGAAGUUUCUAUACUGAGAUCAGAAUGUUCAAAAUUGAAAGAAGAUCUUGAAGUGCAGAAAAACUCCAAAUUAAGAAUUCCAUUCACCAGCACAGAAACUAUUGAGACAGGUCAGGAGGACUUUUUGCAGGAGUUACAGCUCAGGUGGUUAAAGGGGCUUGGGGAUGUGGAGGAUAAAAUUAAAGAGCUUCAAAGCAAAGCAACCGUUGGAGUACAUGAGAGGGACUUCAGGUCCUUUCAUUCAGAUUUAGAGGCAUUGCUUGGUGUUCUGCAAGUUCUAAAGCCAGUAACUGGACAACCGAUUUUGGGGAUGAACAAGGCAAGCAUAAAGGAGACAAAUGAAACGAGUGUACAUAAAGAUGAGCAAUUAGUACUAGGAACUAGGUUUGAUGCAGAUUUCUAUCCUGAAGGUAUGCUUCAUAGUCCAAGUAUGCCUGGCUUGGUGUCACAAGAGUUUGAUUCUUUAGAUGCUACAAAUGCAAUGAAAAACAAAUUCUUUGAGCUUUUAAGAGAGUUGGAUGAAUUAAAAGCUGAGCGAGAGAGCCUUGCCAAAAAAGCAGACCAGAUGGAGUGCUACUAUGAAGCUCUCAUUCAUGAAUUAGAAGAAAAUCAGAGACAGAUGAUGGGGGAGUUGCAGAGUCUCAGAAAUGAGCAUUCUACUUGCCUGUACACAAUUUCAUCUGCUAAAGCUGAGAUGGGGAGAAUCCAGCUAGAUAUGAACAAUGAGAUAACAAAAUUUUCCAAAGAAAGGCAUGAUUUGGAAUCUCUCACCAAGGAGCUCGAAAGAAGGGCUGCUACAGCAGAAGCAGCACUUAAAAGGGCACGCUUGAAUUACUCCAUUGCGGUGGACCAUUUACAGAAGGACCUUGAAUUGCUUUCUUCUCAGGUCCUGUCCAUGCAUGAGACUAAUGAGAACCUCAUUAAGCAGGCUUUUGCAGAUUCUAUGCUUCCAAGCUUUCAGGGGCGUGAGGUGAUGAUGCAGAAUCCGAAAUGGGAAUCAGAGAUUUUUCAUUCUGGAAAGCACAUGCAGCGUCCAAACCAAAGCAAUGGUGUAAAAAGACAACAUUUAGACGGGGAUAUACUAUCAGACGAUCUGAGAAGAUCUCUUCUCUUGCAGAAGGAAACAUACCAAAAGGUUGAAGAAGAAGUUUAUGAAGUGCAUCUGGUGAAUGUAUAUUUGGACAUCUUCUCAAAGACCCUAGAGGUCACUUUGAUUGAAGCAAGUGCUGACUUUGGACUGGUCAAAGAGAAAGUGCAUGAACUUACACACCAGCUGGAGCUUUCAACUGAAUCAAAGGAGUUAUUGAUGCUGAGGCUACAGACUGCCUUGGAUGAGAUUCGCUGCCUGAAUGAAGACAAGUAUAUUUGGAAUUCAAAGUGCAAUGACUUGACUCUAAAGAACCAAAAUUUGGAAGAAGAUUUUCGGACUGCCAUGGAUGAGAUUCGCUGCCUGAAUGAGUACAAGGAUACUUGCAAUUCAAAGUGCAAUGACUUGACUCUGAAGAACCACAGUUUGGAAGAAGAUUUGCAGAAAGUUACUAGAGAAAAUAAUCUUCAUUCUCAGAAGAUUGGUGAAUGGAAAGAUCUUGUAAAAGAAUAUGAAACCUAUGAGAGCAAAUAUAGAGCCUGCAGUACAGAAAAAUUGGAGUUGGCAAAUUUAUUGGAAAAGGAAGCCCUAGAGAAUAAGAAUCUUCAAAACAGACUUUCAUCUUUGCAGGAAGAGUUGAAAGCUGUCAGAAAUGACUGUGAUGAGCUGACAUAUGGAAAGGAGAGUCUACAGAAUAUUGUAAAUUCUUCACAGGGUAAGUUGUGGAAUCUGUUGGCAUCAUAUGAUAUAAAGUAUAAAGGUCUGUCUCUGUCUCUCUGCAGUGAAUAUAACUCUCAAAAUUUGGGAUCCAAGGAUUUAACUGCUGUGGUGGUGCAAAUAGAAGAGCUUCAGCACAAUUUAUAUGAGAAGAUUGUCCAGCUUAUGGAAGAGAAGAAAGACCUAGCACAAGAAAGAGAUACUUUAAGAGCAGCCACUUCUGAUAAUCUGAUCAUGAAACAGAAAUUUGAACAGGAUCUACGGGGUAUGAUGGAUAAACUAGAUGUUUCAAAUGCCCUGGUGCAAAAGCUUCAGUUACAAGUUGGGGCCAUUGCUAACAAACUUCAGAUUAGUUCUGAGAUUGAAGAGAGAUAUGCACAACAGCACAAAGAACUGUUGGCUGAUCUGGAUCAGUUGGAAAUGGAGCUGCAGCAAAUUUCUUUUAAAUACCAGGACCUCGCAGAGGAAAUUAUGGUGUUGGAGACUGUAGCCGACGAACUAGGAAGGUGUAAACUGACGAUAGCAGCAUUAUCGGAGGAAAAAGAAGCUCUAGUGCUGUCCUUGCAGGAUAAAACUGAAGAAUCUUUCAAGCUUUCUCUGGAGGUUAAUAGUUUGCAAGGAAGUUUGCUGUCUUCACGUGAUGAGUUGCACAUUGAGAAAAAUCACAGAGAUAAGUUAGCCAGUACAAUUUCAGAUCUCACUUCCCAAUUGGACCAGAAGCAUAGUCAGUCUGUAGAUUUUGAUCAGCAGAAGGAUGAGCUGGUCCACCUCAAACAGUUGUUAUCAGAAUCAGAGCUAGAGAAAUCAAGAGUUUGUGGUCUCCUGUUGGAUUCCGAGAAAUGUCUAAAGGAUGCUCGUGAAGAAUGUUCUUCUAUAUCUGCUCUGGAAGCCCAUUUGUCUGAAAUGUAUGAAUUUUCAAUAGCUGCUGAUGUUGGACUCACUUUCACAAAGACUCAAUACGAGACCAAGAUUGAAGAGCUUGAUCAGAAACUUCACUUUUCUGAUAGCUUCCUAUCUGAGCUUUGCGACAAUCAUCUUCAUGUAGAAAAUAUGCUUAACAGAUGUCUUGCAAGCGAAAAGCAUUUAGUUGAAGAGAACACCAAACUAAUGACAAGAUUAAAUGAUGCUGGUGAAGAAUGUGCUUUUGUAUCUGCUCUGGAAGCUCAGCUGUCUGAAAUGCAUGAAGUUUCAAUAGCUGCCGAUGUUGGACUCACCUUCGUAGAAGCUCAGUAUGGAGCCAAGAUUGAAGAGCUUGGCCACAAACUUCACUCUUCUGAUAGUCACCUUUCUGAGCUUUACAACAAUCACCUUCAUGUGGAGAAUAAGCUUAAUGAAUGUCUUGCUAGUGAAAGGCAUUACAUUGAAGAGAACACCAAAUUAAUGGCAAGUCUCAGCUCCCUUAACUCUGAGUUAGAAGCCUCCAUUUCUCAAAACAAGAUACUUCUUGAUACAAACAGUUCCAUGAGGACUGAACUCAAGGAAUACAAGAAAAGAGCUGAAAAUGCAGCAGCUAUUGAUCAUGUGGAUAAAAGUCAGUUUGCUCCUGAGAUUGAAAGGCUGGAGCAUAUGGUGGUGACUUCUAAUGAAGAGAUUGAUAACCUGAUAUUCUCCAAGGAAGAACUAGAAAUCAAAUAUUUAGUGCUCAAAGCCAAGUUGGAUGAACAGUGCACUCAAAUAGCCUCUCUGGAAGCAUAUAAAGAUGAAUUGACAGUGAUGCAUAAUAAUGAAUGCAAUGAUCUUAAACAGAGGCUUGCUGAACAGGUUUUGAAGGCAGAGGAAUUUAAGAACUUGUCCAUCCAUUUCAAGGAGCUUAAAGACAAGUCUUGUGUUGAGUGUCUUCAUGCACCUGACAAAAGAGAACCAGAAGCGCCGCCAGCUCCUAUGCAAGAGUCUUUAAGAAUCGCAUUCAUCAAAGAACAAUAUGAAACCAAGCUGCAAGAACUGAAACAACAACUUGCUAUCUCCAAGAAGCAUUGUGAGGAGAUGCUGUGGAAAUUACAAGAUGCAAUCAAUGAAGUUGAUAACAGGAAGAAAUCUGAAGCUACUCAUGUAAAGAGAAACGAAGAACUAGGAAUGAGGAUCUUGGAAUUGGAGUCUGAGCUACAAUCAUUGCUUUCUGAAAAGCGUGAAAUAAUGAGAGCAUAUGAUCUGAUGAAGGCUGAAAAGGAAUGUUCAUUAAUAAGCCUCGAUUGCUGUAAAGAAGAAAAACAAGAUCUUGAAGCAUCUUUGCAGAAGUGCAACGAGGAAAAAGUUCAAAUUACUUUAGAACUCACUUCAGCAAAAGAUUUACUUGAGAGCUCUUCAUCUUCUUAUCCGAGAGAAGGGAACGGAAGAUUACACAAAGAAGAUGGCAUUUCUGAUGAAGCAGCUGGACUUGAAUACUUGAAUUCCAUUGAUGAACCCGAGAAGGAUGAUAUUGUAUCCAGAGGUAUAAAUGGAAUUUCUAGUGUUUUACCUUCGAAACAAAUGGACGUGCUUAAUAGUGACGUGAAGCAUUUGGUUCUUGCCAAUGAGCAUUUCAGGGCCCAAAGCUUAAGGUCUAGCAUGGAGAACUUAAAUAAGGAGUUGGAAAGGAUGAAACAUGAAAAUUUGCUUCCCCAAGAUGAUCAUCAUUUUGACUCAAAUUUUCCUGGUUUACAAAGAGACCUGAUGCAAUUAAAUAAGGUUAAUGAAGAAUUGGGAAGUAUUUUUCCCUUGUUCAACGAGUAUUCUUGCAGUGGCAAUGCAUUAGAGAGAGUACUAGCUUUAGAAAUUGAACUUGCAGAAGCAUUGCAGGCAAAGAAGAAAUCAUCCUUCCAGUUUCAAAGUUCUUUCUUGAAACAACAUGAUGACGAGGAAGCAGUGUUUCACAGCUUUAGAGACAUAAAUGAGCUGAUUAAAGACAUGCUGGAGAUCAAGGGAAGAUAUGCUACUGUGGAGACAGAACUUAAAGAAAUGCAUGACCGUUACUCUCAGUUAAGCCUUCAAUUUGCAGAGGUUGAAGGAGAGAGGCAGAAACUAAUGAUGACUCUCAAGAAUGUUCGAGCAUCAAAGAAAGCACUAUGCUUAAACCGCUCCUCGACAACCACUCUACUGGAUCCCUAGUCAGUCAUUGUUGCCAUCCCAUCUUGUUUGCAAAGAUACAACCCUUUACUGGGUUAAGAGGCUAAGAACUGAUGGUCCCAGAUGCCUUGAUGCAUUAUGUCAUUGAUCAUGUCAAUGAUGAAUAACGAUGGGCAACUAAGCUGAUGGUGCUGAAAUUUUUGCAAUUUUAGAAGGUGGUAUUGAAAGUCAAGGGGCAGUGUAAAUAACAAAAAUCAGCUGGUUUUGUAUCACUGGUUGAUAUAGUAUCAUCAGUACAGAUCCCUGUAAUGCAAUUUCCUCUGUUGUAUAGUACAGUUCUUUCAAGUUUCACAUA